AUGGUUAAGAAGAAGUCGAGCAGCAAUGCUGGGUCGAACAAAGGUGGCAAAGAUGGAAAGCCAGAGAACAAAAGUGGCGAAAAUGGAAAGCCAGGGAACAAAAGUGGAAGAAUUGGUAAGGCAGAAGCUGAGCACGAGCGUAUCUCUCAACUUGUCCUGGUGACCCGAAGGCGGCGUGAUACAUGGGAUGUACUGAGAAAGCGAUUGGAGUCACACCAAGCUACGCAAAAGAAAGAAACCAACAUCGAGCAAGACCACUAUAACUACUACACUUUGGAGGCGGAUCAUGCCGCAAAGGUUCAAGCGUAUAAGGAUGCGCUUAGUCAGGACAAGAGUGGGAAGAAAGGACCAACGAAAUCAGCCAAGAAAGCAAGGGAUUUAGCACAGAAGGCUUACAAGAAGGCUGGAAGAAACAACAGAUUUGAUAAGGUGAAACGUCGUGCAGAGCAUGACUCGAUGAUGACAGCUCAAGCAGAGCUCGAAGAUUGGCUCUACUAUCAGGAUAUCUCCAAGCGGCGGAGAAGGCUGCGGCUACUAGAUCCUAAGCAAAGGAAGGCGGUUGAAAAGGAGCAAUUUGACAGGCGUAUUGGAUACAAGCGUGAAACAUCAGGCAACGACAACGGCCACUUUGACUGGGUGCAUUCCUUGCUUGAGAUGUACGACUUGAGAGACAUAGGUGGCAAAGACUACAAGCAAGGUCGACACGACCAUCUUGGAAAUCACGUUGAGGGGAGGCAAGAAGAAGCCACCUUGCCUGUCGUGGGACCGGGUGAGCUUCACCUGUGGACACCGAAUUACAGGCGUCAGCUUGCUGGCCUGCGUCCUUCGAGACUAAGCGACGACGACGGUAGCGACGACGAUGACGAAGAUGUCCGGCAGGAUCUCGAACCGCAUCACUUCAAGCUGGACAAUGCCGCGAUCGAGGAAAAACGAGCAGCGAUCGAGAAGCAGUCCGAUACCGAAACGCAGGGGUUGGAGUUCAAUACGCAUGAAGCAAGGCGUCGCCAUGAGGUCGCAAGAUACAAAGACGACAGGCCUGACACAUCAGGUGACCGAGUGAUCAAUACCUCAAACGGAGUUGUAGUCGAAAACAGGUGGGGACAGAUACGAACAGAGCAGGGUCUGUUCGUCUCUGCCAAAGAGAGCUCCUGGGAUUGGCGUACCUCAUACGACUGCCUCGGGCCAGUAAUGUCGGGCUGGUUCCCUGAAACUAGCGCAAUCAGGGACGAGGUCCUAGAAGAAUUGAUUAACCCGGAUGACAAUCUCGAGUAUACGGAUGGUGAUAAUGGUGGUGGAAUUAGCGCACCACAGGUCCCUGCAAAACGGGCCGAAGAGAUACUCGUGAAGGCACGUAAUGAGAGAGCAAAGAAGCGUGGGGACGUCCGAGAGCCAGUUGCGGAAUCGAUCACUGCCGAAGAGCCCGCGAAUGACAAAGCCGGCUCUACGGAUCCGGGAGACGAGAGUCGAAAUAUCCAGGCGAAGAUUGAUAACCGUUACCCUCCCGAAGAGUUCUGUAUAGGGAAGAAACCUUACAGGCCUGUCUUACGUAAGUGGUAUACUACGGAGUGGGUGGAAGAAACAACGGGUCGUCGCGAACGGCACACAUACCACUUGCGACCACACUCGUCACCUGUCCAUUCACCACCACGAUCCCCAGUAGAUGAAGAGAUUCCAUCUGCAUCCAUACCUAAGGGCUUUCCUGAGACAGAGAAUCGACCUAUUGCUUUAGAGCCAAGAUCUCGUAGGGAGUGUCCCUCCAACCCUGGGAGAUGCCGAGCAUUCUGGACUCAUUCUUCGAAUGAGUGUUGGAUCCCAUAUCCUGAGCAACCGAAACGCCCAAAAGACCCUAUCGAGUGGCCAAUACAGGAGAUAGACGCUCCCAAAGGUAUAGAUGAAGGCGGUCCGGAUGGCUAUGUGCCGACGAUUGGGAUGUCUGUGUACAGCUCCAGGCUAUAUGACCACUAUGGACUAUUAUAUCCGAACACAUCGCUAAGCAAAUUCUGGCAGCGGCUGCAAUGGCCCAGAAUCGGUGUUCGAGUGCCCUAUGAGCCGAUGACGAUCGAGGAUCUUCGUUUACGAAAGGACGAUCAAGACGAAACGAAUAUCGACGCGACAGCCAGCCUUACGAGAGAAGCUCAGCCAGGAAAGGGUGCGAGAGACGAACACAUGGGUACCGGAGGUUACAACGAGCUCAGCAACGCGCCAUCUUCAUUCGUGGUCGUAGGAAACAAACGAAGAGAGCUGGGGACGGUCCUAGCGAAGGAUGCUAAUCGAAGAGCUCUCUACGAAGUCCGAUCCAUGGCGGUACCGAUCAUCAACACACCACAAGAACUGUGGGCUUCACUAAGCGAUUCGAGCGGAGACGAUUCUGGCGAGGAUGGUGGCGAAUCCGACAAUGAGGGAGAUCUCUUCUUCAGAUCAUACGAGGACGAGUGCUUCCCAAACGGUCGCGACGCACCUAGCGUAUCGCCGGUAACGGGCGAAGAGAGUGAAGACCUAUAAACAGCUGUAGAAGAUUUAGUCCCAGCAAACGUUGCUCCAGCGGUUGAGGUAUCUGGAGAGCACAACAAAGCAGGUGAUGAACAAGAUUUGUAACCCCAGAUCCAGGCACCUUUUCA